GGCGACCCCGUACGCCUACUUCCGGUUCCUAGGGAUGCGCAUCCGGGUCACGCUAACGCCGCGGUUUCCGCCACUCAGUUGGUUCCAGAGUGGGUCCGUAGCGGUCCCAUGUUGUGCUGUGGGGCAUCUGCAGCCUUCGGUUUGUGAAGACUGCAGAGACCUUCAACCCAGUCACGUAAGUGUGUAAAGAGAGAGUGGCCCUCAUGGAAGAAGAGCAAGACCUACCAGAGCAACCGGUGAAGAAAGCCAAGAUGCAGGAACCAGGAGAACAAACUUUAAGUCAAGUAAACAACCCGGAUGCCAGUGAUCAGAAGCCUGAGACAUCCAGCCUUGCAGCAAAUCUUAGUAUGUCAGAGGAAAUUAUGACAUGCACCGAUUACAUCCCUCGCUCAUCCAAUGAUUAUACCUCACAAAUGUAUUCUGCAAAACCAUAUGCACAUAUCCUCUCAGUUCCUGUUUCGGAAACCGCUUACCCUGGGCAGGCUCAGUACCAGACACUGCAGCAGCCUCAACCCUACACUGUCUACCCUCAGGCAACCCAAACAUAUGGACUACCUCCUUUCGGUGCACUGUGGCCAGGUAUGAAACCUGAAAGUGGUUUAAUUCAGACUCCAUCUCCAAGUCAACACAGUGUUCUUACCUGCACUACAGGGUUAACCACAAGCCAGUCAAGCUCAGCACAUUAUUCUUAUCCCAUUCAAGCUUCAAGCACAAACGCCAGCCUGAUAUCCUCGUCAUCUGCAAUUGCCAAUAUUCCAGCAGCAGCUGUGGCCAACAUCUCAAACCAGGACUAUCCUACCUAUACUAUUCUUGGACAGAAUCAGUACCAGUCCUGCUACCCCAGCUCCAGCUUUGGAGUCACAGGCCAGACUAACAGUGAUGCUGAGAACACUGCAUUAGCAGCUACCACGUACCAGACAGAGAAGCCUAGUGCUAUGGUACCUGCACCAACCACACAGAGACUUCCCUCUGAUUCAUCUACAAGCCCAUCUUUGUCCCAAACUACACCAAAUAAAGAUGCAGAUGAUCAGUCCAGGAAGAAUAUGACUGUCAAGAACCGGGGCAAGAGGAAAGCUGAUGCUGGUUCCUCCCAGGACAGUGAACUAGAACGGGUAUUUCUCUGGGACUUGGAUGAAACCAUCAUCAUAUUUCAUUCCCUUCUUACUGGAUCCUAUGCUCAGAAGUAUGGAAAGGACCCAACAGUAGUAAUUGGCUCAGGUUUAACAAUGGAAGAAAUGAUUUUUGAAGUGGCUGAUACACAUCUAUUUUUCAAUGACUUAGAGGAAUGUGACCAGGUGCAUGUGGAAGAUGUGGCUUCUGAUGACAAUGGCCAGGAUUUGAGCAACUAUAGUUUCUCAACAGAUGGUUUCAGUGGUUCAGGAGGCAGUGGUGGUCACGGUUCAUCUGUGGGUGUUCAGGGGGGUGUGGACUGGAUGAGGAAGCUGGCCUUCCGAUAUCGAAAAGUAAGAGAAAUCUACGACAAGCAUAAAAGCAACGUAGGAGGCCUCCUCAGCCCCCAGAGAAAGGAAGCACUGCAGAGACUAAGGGCAGAGAUCGAAGUUCUAACCGAUUCCUGGUUAGGAACUGCGCUAAAGUCCUUGCUUCUCAUCCAGUCUAGAAAGAAUUGUGUGAAUGUUCUGAUCACUACCACACAGCUGGUUCCAGCCCUGGCCAAGGUUCUCCUAUAUGGACUAGGAGAAAUAUUUCCUAUAGAAAACAUCUACAGUGCUACCAAAAUCGGUAAGGAGAGCUGCUUUGAGAGAAUUGUGUCAAGGUUUGGAAAGAAAGUCACAUAUGUAGUGAUUGGAGAUGGACGAGAUGAAGAAAUUGCAGCCAAGCAGCACAACAUGCCCUUCUGGAGGAUCACAAACCAUGGAGACCUGGUGUCCCUGCACCAGGCUUUAGAGCUUGACUUCCUCUAAGAACUGGAACGUGGAGCCUUCCCACCCUGUGAGCUUCUUUUUACCUCCAACAGGAGUCAGAGGCCAGAACCCUCUGAGACCCUUGUCUCUGUCUGUCUGUCUCUCUGUCUCAGCAUCCCUCCCCUUCUCUUGUGCUCUUUCUCUCUCCAUGGAAUGCUGGCGAGAACACAAUCAGAACCAACUGCAGUUUUUGCUGAGUGAGCCACAGCCCCAUCCAUAGUUAGCAGGAGGUGGCUGGGUAGGACAGCAGACUUCCUGCCGCUGCCGUGCUUUACUUCUGUUUCAUUUCACAAAGAACAAGAAAGGCAAUGAUGGGCACAUAGUUGCACUCUUGGUGCAUGGACAGACUGGGAGCUGCUCCCGAUCAUGCUGACGGAAACUGGCCCUGUCCCAUGAGAACAUCUCCUGUAAUCUUAGUUGUAGAACUUCUCUUCCAGUGAAUGGAGAUGUUAUUUUUGUAGGUGAGGGCCUGGUCUCUGAAGCAAACCCCCCCCCCCCAGCCUUUUCUAUGAAGAAAGUGGUGUGUAAAGUCUCCGAGAUGGAAGUGUCUGAAAUACCUCUCUGUGAUAAGCAAUGCUCUUUAGUGGCCCCAGCACUCUGCUCUCCAGGAGGUCCUGGCUGUAUCAGGGCCCGGGUCACUUACUAACUUUAGACUUUGGCAUCUCCCAUCUUGUAAACCUCAGUCUCCUUGCCAGUCCUCCUUUGUAACCAAAAGUUACAACCCUGGAAACUCUUUCCCAUAGACAAUAAAUCUAAGCCUUUAGCUUAUGAUUUAGAGGCUCUGUCCUACGAGGUUCAACCUCCAAAUUGGGCUUCUUAGGAGUGUCGCCUUGGCUCCUGUGCUAAGGGUCUACUAGAGCUCCUGCAGAGCAGCACCUGUUCCCACCAGAGGCUUGCUCUGUGGCUAGCUCAGUCAUCAGAAUCUGGUUUCACACUCUCUGCUCGCUCUGUCUCAAAUCCACCUCUCCGUACAGCUCUGGCCAGCCCCUGCCCACUCAAAAGGCAAAAAGUCUUAAGAGCAAGGUAUACCUGCUUCCUUUGCCCUGCACUUACAUGCAGUUAUCCCAACUUACAUUUACACAGAUCUGUGCCUGGGAGUAGAGAGCAGAUAGCUAGAAUCAAAACCCAAUUCCCUAUGAAAUACCCCAUUUCUCAGAUUCCAUGCUGAAGUGGGAAACCAGGCCAGAAAAUAUAUAAUCCUGAGCUAGGGGCAAGAGCACCUGGCAGCUUGCCCCUAGAAGGUGUGGAGGGGAGCCUUGGCCUAGGCCUAGCCUUUCAAGCCCAGCUGUCUUUGGGGGAGGUUUGGUUUUAUUUUGUUUGAAGGCAUUAUCCCGUUAGGACCAAUGAGGUUACCUGCUUAAUUGGGGUAAAGUUGCCUAGAGUUGAGGAUAUGUGCAGCCUUGGUUCUCAGGAGGUCCUUAACCAACCCAUAGCUGUAGUCACUGUCCCCAGAGAUGCUGCAGCAUAAAGGCAAGGUUCCUCCUAAAGCCAGGCCGCUGGACAGCAACAAAAAGUGCAGCACACCAUUUUCAGAACUGUUGGGCAAGACUUCUGAGAGCAGCGGUUAAGUAAGGGGCUCAGACAGGAUACGAGAUUGAGGUUCCAUCUUUGGUCACCCAUUUGGCUUUAUUUUGAGGUAGGGGGUGGGAACAAAGAGGUGGAGUCUAAGCCAGACCUCCCUAGGCUACAUUUAGCACCGCCAUCCCAGCACUACCCAGCCUUUUCUUCCUGGUCCAUCAUAGAAACUCAAGGGAAAGUUUUACUUUCAACCCUCAAAACCUUCCCUCAUUGCCAGUGUAGUUUCUUGUCCUGGACAAAGGCCACCUGUUGGUCUUCAGGCGUUUAAGGCUUCCAAGUGUGACACACAGCCCUCCCUCUACACACAGGUUAACACCAUGAACACUUGAAGGGAGACUCUUCAUUCCUAGAAUGUAUCAUGGAGUCCCUGCCCACCCAAUUUAGCUCUCUUUACAAAAGGAAUUUGGACUUGGCCAAAAGAGGCAAGGAGACACUCUGAGCUGAGCCUCUGUUCUGGCAGGGGAAGCCAGAGUGUGUUGUUUCCACCGAAAGGAGCAUCCAGGGCUGCUGCCCUUUGUACUGAUUCUGCCUCCCUCCCACAAAGGCUUGGGAAGGAAAAUGAGCUGGCAGCAUUAUAGCUGUUAGUCCUAAAAAGAUGGCUCAUUGGUUAAUAGCACUGGCUGCUGGUACAGAGAUCCAAGGUUUGAGCACCUGCAGGGGCUGCUCACAACCAUCUGUAACUACAGUUCCAGAGGGUUUGAUGCCCUCUGCUGGUCUCCUCAGACACCAAGCACUUACAUACAUGCAAGAAAACACUGAUACACAUAAAAUCUCUUUUAAAAAUUAAAAGCUGUUGGAAGUUGGAGCUGGAAAAAA